AUGAAGUCUGUUCUUUCUGCUUCCUCUAACUUAGGUAGAAUUGUCCAGAAAAGAUGGGGAGCUACGGGUCUUAUGGUUCAUCGCGACACUGAUGCCAACAACUUGAAAGUUAAAUUUCAAUUCACCGAAGAAAACAUCAAGAGAGUUGACGCUUUGAUGGCCAACUACCCCGAAGGACACAAGGCAGGAGCUUUGUUACCCAUGUUAGAUUUGGCUCAACGUCAGCAUGGAUGGUUGCCCAUUUCUGCCAUGCACGAAGUAGCCAGAAUUUUGGAAAUUCCUCGUAUGAGAGCUUACGAAGUUGCUACCUUCUACACCAUGUACAACAGACAGCCAACAGGAAAGUAUUUCCUUCAGGUCUGUGCCACAACUCCAUGCAUGCUUCGUGGAGCUGAAACCGUCACUAAGACUAUUGAGGAUAAAUUAGGUAUCCAUUGCGGAGAUACCACCAAAGACGGUUUGUUCACCCUUGCCGAAGUUGAGUGUCUUGGUGCUUGUGUAAAUGCUCCAAUGGUUCAGAUUAACGAUGAUUAUUAUGAGGAUCUUACAGUUAAGGAUGUUCACGAAAUCUUAGAUGACCUUAAGGCCGGAAAGCGACCAACUCCUGGUCCACGCUCCGGACGUUUAGCUGCUGAACCAAUUGGAAACCUCACCUCUCUUACCGAGAAACCCACAGGACCAGGAUUCGGUCUUCAAGCUGCUCUGAAGUAG